AUGGCUCCCGUCCCGGAGGCCUAUUUCCCGUCCCUGGACAAGUGCUUCGCCGGGGACGACCAGCUCUUGUCCUGGCGAAGAGCCUUCCUCUAUACGAUUGAUCCCGAGGCGCACACCGACGAUGGCGGUAAUCUCUACGCCUUUCUGUCACACCCCGAGAGCAUCCACCUUCUUUCGCAAAGCCUCAAUCCUUUCUCCCCUCCCUCCGCGAAAACCAAAUCCGAAUUCGAUUCCAAGACCGCCGCGAUCCAUGUCGAGACCAACAAUCCAGGUGCUUUUAACCUGCAAGAGAUCAAGGCGGACGCGCUCUGGCUGAGCCAGAAAGCUGGCAUUGAUGAAAUCACCGCUCUCCGGAUCGCAGUCCUCGAAUGGCAAAACCGGCCAUCGACGCGCCUCACCACCAGCUUCUCCACCGAAGAGGCGACGAGUUUGCAAAGCGCAGCGGGGACCGACAACUUCAGGGUCUCGCUGGCUGGCCCGAAUCUGGCCGAGAUCUUGAAGCGAACAGUGCGCGGAGAUAGCGAUUCAUCAUUCAAUACGGAGGAAAACCGGCGUCUGCGCCUGCGGAGCCUUUAUCUCUUGGAAAGAAGCCAUGUGGUGAAAACCUUCCGCAAACUACUCGUCCAGUCCUUGCAAGAUGACAUUUCAGACGAGCUAGCCAGCCGCGGAGAUGAUCGCAGAAUUGCCUUGUGCAACUUGGGCUCUACCAUUUUUAACGACAAAUCCACCGGCGACGGUUUGGGUCAAUUCCUCCAAGAAUGCAUCAAUUCCGUACGCUCUCGACUUUCGGAUUUGGAAGGAGAUGGUGGUUGGCUCGGGGCGGCUGAGAGUAGCGAAGAGACGGAGGAUAUAUGGAGGACGACCCUGGUGGAGGAGAUUGUCCACAUCCUUCAGAUCAUCUUUCACAAGCUUCAGGCUUCGAUCGAGAUUCCCAGCGCGGACCUUGUCCUAUCGUGGCUUCGCCUCAUGGCUGAUUACAGCUUUUUGGAGCCGUUACAGGUGCCGUGUCAACAACCAGUGGAAGUGCUGCUGCCACUUCAGGCUUUUGCGUCGCUCACAACCUUGAGUUUCCUCAAGCUUCCUCUUGCUAUUCCUUCGAUUAUCAACAGGACGCAUUCGCCGCAGGCAUCCUCAGCCAAGACACCUUACUUUCUUUGUAAAGAGAAAAUUUCUCAAAUAAAUGAGAUCCUGCUAGGUGCGUGCGAGGAUUCAAGCACUGCAAGCCCUGCGGCCUUUGCAUGGGGCCUGAUCCUACACACGAUGAGAGAACUGGCGCUCAAUGACAAGGAGACUCGAGAAAUGGAGCAGUUCCGGAGCGCCGUGGACUCCUUUCAGUCCAAGACACAAAAUUCGGGUCUCUCUCGAGGAUCGGAGCAAUCGCUCUACGAAGAUUUGCUUGACUGUGCUCGCACACCGAAUCACACUGUUGAUGACGCCAUUCCAAUCUUGACAUCUGAUGCGGUGAAAGAGUCGGCCUUCAAUGCCAUCGGCACACUGGCCACCAAGGCUGGCUCUAUGUCUGCGAUUGAUGACUGUCUGUCCGAUCGGUGGGUCCGUUUAGCCCUUCUUGAUCUUAUUCGCGUGGGAAUCGUGUAUUUGGACUAUUCCCCGGAGAUCGUGGAGUCUGUACUGGCGAUCCUGACGGGUACUCCUGAACAAUUGUCAUGGAACCUACCAUGUGACCUAGGACCUGCCAGCGACCCCAGAGUUGUCUUUUUCAAGGAUGAUCUUCUGAUGGACAGCAUUUUCCGCGUUGCCCGGUCUCGAUUCCCAUACGAGACUCUUCCAUUCUUGAAACUCUGCCGAGCGCUCAUCAGCGAACACUCGCUCAACAGGGACGGACUGCCCGAGGUCCUUGAGGAACUGGAGAACAUGGACACUUUCACGCAGAUCGUCGCGCCAACCUUCUCAAGCUACAAGACAAUCCGCGAAGACGAGAACGCCAACCUCGUAUCCCUGAUGCAACCUCUGCCGAUGUUUGAGUCUGCCUCUCGAAACCGUCUUCUCGAAAAUGGAACCAGUAACGCCCUGAUUGUGAGCGGCUCGUCCGAGAUUCCGACGGCCACAAUUGGCCAGGUGAUCUCUGAGUCGAAACCAGCGGUCAUCAUGUGGCAACACCGGUAUUCGUGCUUGAGCUUUCUGGGCAGCUGGCUAGAAGGAUGGAGCGAGAGCGGUGGGGGCUCCUCUGAAUGGAUUGAUGAAUCUGGCACCGAGAUUAUUGGGCUUCUGGCGGAGUUGGUGGCCAAUGCCAACGACCAGACGACACCAAACUCCCCUGGAUCAAGCGCCAAGAGGAUCCUCGAAAUGGCCAGUGACGGGCUUUCCCAACAGGGCGACAUCAUCUCCGUGGUCUUUGACAUUUUUGAACGCAAUAUCCAGAAUAUCGGAGCCCGCGGAGAACUAGGCAAGGCUCUUGACCCGCUCAUGGCGUGCCUCCGGUUUAUCAAGGAAGUGUUGAAGAUCCUGCCCAAUCGAGUGUGGCCUUUCCUUGGCCGCAGCAGUUUCGUUGGAACCGACGGGAAAGGUGGUGUGAUGACAGCCAUCAUCUCUGCGAUCGAAAUACCCGCAGGCGAGUAUCCGUUCCUUUUGAGCUGCGUCGGUCUAUUCCAGGCUAUUGUCGAUGAUGCGGCAUCUCGUGCAGUAUUGCGAAGAAGCCCCAACAGUGUUUCCAGCAAGUCAACAAUUGCCUCCGACUGGAGCGCCGGCAUCCCUUCGCACGUCAUGAGGACCAUUUUAUUGAACCUUCUUCGGACAAUGGUCGAGAUCUUCAACAGCAAUGGGAACUGGAGGUUCAAUUUUUCCGAGCAGCGAUUCAAGAUCAACUCAACGCUCGCCACGACUUUUGAACGGAUCCUGUACUACGCCUAUGGCACCAAUGAUGCCGCGAAGUUGGAUGCAAAGGUGACUGGUGUAUUCUCUGCCUCUGCCGAGUACAUUUUGGAUAUGCUGCGACCCAGGUCGACUGCCGACCUUCCUUUCAACCCAAUCCUUCGACUGGUCUCGGAUGGCCUCCAAACACCACCUACCCUCCACCUCAGAUAUCUCACUCUGGUUGAAGACCAGGUCACGUCAACCCUGCAGCUGUGCAUCAAACUUGUGCAGGCAGCACAGCUUGCAGAGCAGGCCGGCUCACUCCUAGAAGAACAGCUUUUUAAAGCAGCACCAGUUCUCACCAAACUUUAUGCCCUGCAUGAUGCCUACAGACUACCGGUGGUGUCAUUGCUCGAGAUUUUGAUCACCAGUGCGGCGGCUAAUUCGGACAAUGAGCCCCCAUCUCUUGUGGGCCAUCUCGGCGCCGAAUCCUCCUGUCUGUUUCUCGAUGUACUCGCUCAACUCGACAAGCCACUUAGUGACCAGGCUCUUCUGCUUUCAGUUUGGCAUUUACUGUCUACCUUUGUCAGCAAGCGCCAGCAGUGGUUGGCUGUAUUUAUUCUCACGGGAGCAUCUCCCCGUCAAUCUCUGAAGAAAUCGGACACACCGGGCACUCCGAGUAUGCGCAGCGCUCCCUUCCUGCGGAUGGCGCUGGAUAAGCUCUCAAACAUUGACCAGCUCGAGCCACAAGCAGCGUUGGCUCUACUUGAGUUUGUCUCUCGCGCCCAAGAAAACUGGCCCUGGGCCACUCCGCAGUUGAGAAACCACCCUCAUUUCUUCACUGGUAUCGUGAGCUACGUCUCGAAACUGAAGAUCUCCUCCUUGCCCGUUAUGGACCAAAUCUUCGCGACACGGAUUGCUGCUGUUGUUGCUGACCUUUGCGCCGUCUACCUCCACGCUGCCAAGGAAGCGAAUGAUCGCAGCUUUGUUAAGACUUUGAUCCCGCUGGUGUCAUGGUAUGCGAAGGACGCCGUCGAAGUUUCUGCUUACAACGCCUCGUUGCACGCCAACCUGAAGAAGAAUUUCGAGAUGCGAUACUCCGGGUGCAAGAUUUUUGACUUUAAGAGAACGCCACUGGCACCUCAAGCUCUGGGGCGAGAUUACUAUUACGACCUUGAUCUGGGAGAGAAGCUACUGUCCUACGACUUUGCCUGGGCCGGAAGCCGGAACCGAGGCUUUUCCGAGGAGUUUGAGCGGGCCAACAUCAAUCUGUCUCUCGUUGAGGCACAGGUGAGCCUUCUAAACAGCUGGAAGUUCUUCGCCAUUGAGCAUUGUGCGGACUUUAUGCCGGAUCGCGAAAUACAGAAGUCGAUGGCGGUGGUUGCGCAAAAUUGUCUCGAGGCCAAUACACGAAGCGUGCCACCGGAAGCAAUCUUCGAGAGGAUCCAGCAGGUGCGGGUUGACUUUGCCCAGGCUUUGCUCCAACGCUUGGUUGAAGUGGAAGCCCGAGGCGCGGAGGUUUUCAGGUUGCUUGAAGCCGUGUGGAAAGCACUGCGCAGCCGGCACCCAACAUUUGAAGAUGCCUUGGUCAAUGAUGACACCGAGUUCCACCGAUCUCUCUUGAACGUACUAUUCCUCGCCCUCCAGUUCCACCUUGAUGGACCCGGCCGUUCGGCACCGGAGACCCUUAGCAAGAAGGCCGAGAUUUCAUCCGAUUUGACUUUGAUCAUUGAAGUCGUCAAGGUUGCCGUGGCACAGGGCUUCAGGACCCUGACCACGUAUUUGCAUGAACAACCGGAGAAAUGCUUGCCGAAAGACUUUGCUAUCAUCACCGCCAUCCUUCAAACCUGCUUGCAGGUUAAGAAUGCUGACCGGCUUUACGAGCACAUCGUAUUCCACAUCGAGGACAACGACACCGCGCGACAUGCUACGACAUUAUUCUCAUGGGCCGACCAACUGGCCGUUGCGGGAGAUCCCAUCUACGGAGAACUCAGCGUUUCGGUUCUUGUCAAACUAUCCACACUCCCCAUGCUCGCCGAGCACCUUGCCGUUGAAGCAGUGUUGAUGAAAUUGUCAACUUGUCGCCUCGCGAACGGCCUCCGCCAGCCCAAGGGAUUCGGCCCCUUUGACCCAGUGCCACGACUCUACGCCAUCUGGACUGGAGGGUUCCUGCCCCUGUGCCUCAACCUGUUGUACAAUGUCAUUCGCACCGCGCCAGAAGUGGCCGCUUUCCUCAACCAGUUUGAAGGCCAAUUGACCCGUUCGGCUGAGGCAUUCUCCACGGGACACGGCUCUGCCUCCAAAGCUUCCGCAACGCGGUGGAUCUGUUUGAGCAUGGCCUCCGAGGCAUACUCCCUGGCCCUCAUUUCGUUCAUUCUCGAUCGGUUCCGCGAAGCCGGAGCGAGUGCGGGGGUGGAUGCGCAGUCGAUCCAGGAUCUCAAGUGGGACAAAGCGCAUGUCAAGGACGAUAUUGAAGAGCUGCUCGGACGCCGACCGGCCUUGCGCGCGCGUAUCGCCGCUACGAGUGACAAGGAGGUAGAAUGGUCUCGACAGAAGCCCCUUGAUGCCAACUCGGGGGCCGAAAACCGGCUGGAAGAGAAGAUCGUGAGCGAGCUAAAAGCCACGAUGGCUUGUCUGGGAGGCGAGGAGUAG